AUGUACCUCAGUAACUACGCUACCGCCCCUCAUUUGGAUACGUUAUAUGAAACAUUCGUUCAGGACAGUUAUACAAUACGAACAGAGGGAUGCAGCAUCCCGGCUCUGCAUCCCCUCGAUGCCGGCAUAAAAGAAUUCGUAAAAUAUCCGGAAAGUGUCAAAUCAUGUUUGAAUUCAAAGUCUCCUUUUCUCGAAAAUAACACAACUCAUAUUUGGAUCAAGAAGGAGAAUGUAAUGCAUUAUAAUGUAAGCGAUGAUAGUUUUCUGUGUUGCUACCGAUCUUUUUAUCGCCCAUCGUCAGUGAAGGAUAUCCACUCUGCUAAAAUAGACGAUCGCGUAGAAUACCGUAAAUGUAAACAUUUUAAAGCCAUCAUAGAAGCAAACGAUGAAUUCGUUCACGUAGUGUGUUAUACUAGAGCGAGAAUCUUGUAUCAGCAAUACUAUCUGUUUGUUGUAAAUAAAGAAUUGUCGUGGGAUAGUGCUGUAAACGCACGAAAAAAUAAGACUUCAUACAACGUUAUUAUUUUAGGAAUAGAUGCAGUAUCGCGGUUAAAUUUUUACCGUACAAUGCCCAAAACUUUAAAUUUUUUAACAAGAAAAGGCGCCAUUGAAUUAAAAGGUUACAACAAAGUUGGAGACAAUACUUUUCCCAAUCUGAUACCCAUGUUGCUAGGUAUAAGAGAAUCUGAACUAAAGAAAACUUGUGUUCCCAAUCCAAAAUAUACUUUUUUUGAUAACUGCCCAUUUAUUUGGGAUUGGUACAAGGAAGCUGGAUAUUAUACAGCUCUCGGCGAAGACAGCGCUAGCUUGGGCACAUUUAAUUAUUUAAGAGGUGGAUUUGCCAGAAACCCAACCGAUUAUUAUUUGCGUACGUUCAUACGAGAAGCCGAAAAAAAUGUUGGGAAUAACAAGGAUUUUAACUCAUUAUUGUGCAUGAACAAUAAAUAUUUUUAUAGAGUGCUGUUAGAUUAUAUUGAAAACCUUUUGAUAAAAAUGCGUUCGUCUAGACUUUUUGGUUUCUUUUGGGAAGUUACCAUGAGCCACGACUAUCUAAAUUACCCGAUGCUAAUGGACUUUUUUUAUGAACAGUUUUUUAAGAACCUCGAUCAUCAAAAGGUUUUAGAAGACACCAUUAUAUUUCUGGUAAGCGACCACGGUAUUAGGUGGGGAAAUAUAAGAGCCACCAAACAAGGGCGACUAGAAGAGCGUCUCCCGUUUGUGCAUAUAUUAGUACCAGACUCGUUUAAAAAGAAAUAUAAUGAAGCGUAUAGUAAUCUUAAAUUAAACCGCCAAAGAUUGACUACUCCGUUUAAUUUAUACACUACACUAAAUGAUCUUAUAGAUCUAUCCAAUAUAGAAAAUUCAAAUAUUAAAUCGAGAAGUCAGAAAUCAUACUGGAGAGAACGUGCUAUUAGCUUAUUUUUGCCUUUACCAGGUAACCGUACUUGUUCAAUUGCCGACAUUGAUGACCACUGGUGUACCUGCCACCGUGAACGGAAAAUAUCUACUGAAAGCGUUGAGGCUUUACUUGCGGCAAAUUAUAUUCUAAAGGAAAUUAAUAACCUUGUUCACAAUUAUAAACUAUGUUCUGUUUUAAAUAUAACAGAAAUUGUUGAUGCGACAGAAUUGGAAGCCGGAACUGAAGAGGACAGUGAAGUUAGUUGGAGAGAAUAUAUGGUUGUUCUUCGUACGAGUCCGGGAGGGGCUGUGUUUGAAUCUACAGUACGUGAUUAUGGGACUCGUUGGAGUCUAAUUGGCACGAUCAGUCGCCUUAAUUUAUAUGGAUAUCAAAGCCAUUGUAUAGAUAACUAUAAUCUCAAACUAUACUGUUACUGUUUAUAA